AUGGUGAAGACCCUGUUCCACAAGAGGAUCACGGCGAACACGAAUGCGUAUCAGGGUAUACACCCGCUCGUAGCACUGGACUCGCAUCGUGCGAACCUAGCUCCUCUGCUGCGGCAGGGUAUGAAAUAUGUGCGUGAUCGUUGUGUAGAGCGCGAGCAGCAGCAGCGUGAUCAUAAUGCCUGGCCGGCGGAUAUGGUAGGCUUGGACUCGCGCCCUCAAGAGGAACGGCAGGCAAGUGGUGCACCAUAUGCAGGCAGGGUCUGGCCCGAAUACAAGGACAUCAUUGUUGCUGUGACACGGGGUCCAGGAAUGCGAAGUAAUCUGUCUGUUGGUCUUGAUACUGCGAAGGGCCUUGCAGUUGCGUUGGGCGUGCCCUUGGUUGCCGUACAUCAUAUGCAGGCCCAUGCAUUAACACCGAGACUAGUAGCUGCGCAGAUAAAUCAGGAGCUAUGGGAUGAUCACGAAGCAGAUGCAAGACCAUCGCGCUUGCCCAAUACCGUGGAGCAGGCUGGUACACUCAAGCCAGAGUUUCCCUUCUUGAGCUUGCUGGUCAGUGGCGGCCACACUAUGCUCCUUGAAUCCAAAGGUCUUGUCCAACAUAGCGCGCUCGCUGAGACCCACGAUAUAGCGCUUGGCGAACUGCUGGACAAGGCUGCUCGGGCCAUGUUACCUGCUCACCUACUCGUGUCACCAUAUGGUGGUGCUCUUGAGAAGUUUGCAUUUCACACUAUGGUGAGGGACGGCAGCGAUGACCUCGCCGAGGCAGCGAAGGCGGAUGGGCCAAAGGCAAAGCUCUCUCUGGACAGUCGUGAGCCACGAUACGAUUAUGCUGCACCUGGAACGCAACAAGGCUUCAUGGACCGUCGUGUGACAAGAUGGGGCUGGUCUCUGACCCCACCAUUGGUAGAGCGAAAAGGUGGUGAGUCUAAAAGGAUGGAGUUCUCUUUCGCUGGUCUGCUUUCCGGUAUCGAGCGUCUGGUGGCUGCCCGAGCAGAGGGAGGACAUAUGUGUCUACGAGAGCGGCAGACUCUGGCUCGCGAGGUCCAACGUGUCGCUUUUGAGCAUCUUGGGUCUCGUUUAAUGCUAUUCCUGGCAUCGCCAGCUGGGAAGGGUUGGCAAGGCGAUACUCUGGUCGUAUCUGGUGGCGUCGCAGCAAACAAGUACAUUCAGCAUGUGUUUCGCACGAUUCUGGACACACAUGGAUAUCAGCAUUUGCGACUAGCUUUUCCGCCUAUUGAGCUGGCGACCGAUAAUGCACUUAUGAUUGCAUGGGCUGGUAUUGAAAUGUACGAAGCUGGAUGGAAGUCCGAGCUUGAUGUCGAUCCAAUCCGACGAUGGUCUAUGGAUGCUACUGCGUCCGAUGGCGGGAUUCUCGGUGUCGCAGGCUGGAUCAACGCGCAACAAGAGAGUGGGGCCCAGGAAUGA